AUGCCUCCCCAGGAGCUCCUGGAUUACGCGCCCGCCCUGCGGAGACACAGCCCGCCCCGCGGCAGCGGCCCGGAGCUGGGAAUCAAGUGCGUGCUGGUGGGCGAUGGCGCCGUGGGCAAGACCAGCCUGGUGGUCAGCUACACCACCAACGGGUACCCCGACGAGUACCAGCCCACCGCCCUCGACACCUUCUCCGUGCAGGUCCUCGUGGAUGGAGCCCCAGUCCGAAUUCAGCUGUGGGACACUGCUGGACAGGAGGACUUUGACUGUUUGCGCUCUCUUUGUUACCCUGACACCGACGUCUUCCUUGUCUGCUUCAGUGUGGUGAACCCAAGCUCCUUCCAAAACAUUACAGAGAAAUGGAUCCCUGAGAUACGAACUCACAACCCGCGGGCGCCGGUGCUGCUGGUGGGGACGCAGGCAGACCUGCGGGACGAUGUCAAUGUCCUCAUCAGCCUGGAUCGCUACCACGUGAAGCCUGUGCCCCGGCCUCAGGCAGAAGGUCUAGCUGACAAAAUCCGGGCUGAAGCCUACCUGGAAUGCUCAGCACUGACCCAGAAGAACCUUAAAGAAGUUUUUGACAUGGCCAUUGUCAGCGGUGUUGAGCACAAGGCACGUCAGGAAAAGAAGAUGACUGCCAAAGGAAUCAAGACUCUCUCCAAGUGCCGCUGGAAGAAGUUCUUUUGCUUUGUCUGAAGCUGCUUUGAGGGAGGGGAAAAGAAAUACCCAAUGGCAGUAUUGGCUCUGCACCUUCUCGGAGUGACUGCUCCUAUGGCCCCAGCAAGGAGGGUAUGAUAAGCUGCUGGGCUUGGAAACCUGUCUCUUGCUGGGUACAGUAUCAGAUGCCUAGGAGACAUGAACUAGAUUUCCAUUGUGCUGAGAUGUGGAAUGGUCCAGGCAGCUGUAAUACCUGCUGGACAUGUCUGUAGUGUCCCAGACUAAUAGGAGCCUUUAAUACAUCAAGACUCAGUACCCCAGAACAGGCAGGUUCCUUACACUGUCCAAAAUGACCAGUUUUCUGGUUGAAGCAUACACACUUUGAGUUCUGAUGCAGCAUAAUAAGCAUAAGGGACUUCUGAAAUCAGCCUGUGUUUUGGCUGAUUUAUAGGCGUGGCAGAGAGUAGGGCAGGGGCAGUUACAUGAAACUGCAAUGUGGUCAGGCAUGGGGUGCAGAGUUUGUGACAUGAGACUUGGGUUCCCCCUCUGAUUCCAUUUGCCUAAAUAGGUAGAAUUCACCUGGCUGUGAAAAAGCAGCACUCUUUUCUCUGUACUAGGAAUACUCUUGAGAAGGUACUUCCUAAAUAAAGGAAGAAGAGAAAAUGAACUGGGGGCUACAGUAAUACUUUGAGCAAAACCUUCUCCGAGAGGACUCUCUGGUCCACUGGUGCCAGUGUUAUAACCCUAUCCUAAGAGGUAGCUGUGGACUUGGGGACCAGCUUUGAAAGGCCUUUUGUGUGUGUGGGGUUUCAAAAGAAAGAAGAGGUAAGGAAGAGUGAGGAGUGGCUCUGUCUAGCAGAGAAAAAACUGUGUCAGCAGAAAGGGUUUGUAUCACUACCAAGGAGUCAAAUGUAGAUGGAGAGAGAAGGAAUAAAAGGAAGCAAAUAGAAAGGAGAAAGAUGGAAUGAAGAAAGGUA